UGUCUUUAUAUGAUAACUGAAUUUACCUUGACGCUGGUGAGCUGUUAGCUAACAACAAUGAAGCGUAGCAGUUUAAACCGUACUACCAGAAUUUACUCAACCUCUAAAAGGUUCUAACUUGCCCACCGUGACAACCUUAUGCAGAAAACUGUUUUUCUACUAGUUCACAAGACUGUCAGUGAAGGUCUCCAACCUCUUACAACACUUGUCAGGUGUCAGCAGCUUUUGAAGGUGUGUAGAGCCUUUUCUGUUUCUUCAUGCUCUACACAUCUACUGUCACUUGUUCAUUCGCUAAAUUUUUCUGGGAAAACCCGUGAUUUUUCCUUGGUAUCCCAUAAACACAGUCUCCUCCGAAGCUCUCCUCCCUGGAUUUCCCUGCACUGGUGUUUCUGUACACAGCCAGAUAUGGCAGAACAGAGGUUCCUCGUGGAAUAUGCCAAGCGUGGUACUGCAGGAUGUAAGAAAUGCAAGGACAAAAUCCAGAAAGGCAUAGUGCGCAUAGGCAAGAUUGUGCCAAACCCUUUCAGUGAGUCUGCAGGGGAGAUGAAAGAGUGGUACCAUGUGAAGUGCAUAUUUGAGAAGCUGGAAAGGGCAAGAGCCACCACAAAGAAGAUCGAGGACAUCACAGAUCUGGAGGGCUGGGAGGAGCUGCAGGAUGAAGACAAGGAGCUCAUCAAUAAACACGUCUCAGACCUGAUGGCCAAAGUUAAUGCGAGUCCAAAGAAGAAGGUCCAGGCCAAGAUGAACACCUCUGGUCAGCUGAUGGCUCCUCCUGCCGACCCGUCCGUCAACGCUCCACGCAAGUUUUCAGGCUUCACCGCUGCGAAGGCUGGUAGCUCCAGCAGCCCCGGACCGUCCUCCUCCUCCUCGGCCAAAAGCAGCCAAGGCAGCGCUCUGUCCACUCGGCUCUGUGACCCUCAGCACAAAGACUGCCUCUUCAGAGAGUUUCGCAAACUCUGCGCUAUGGUGGCUGAAAACAGCAGCUACAACGUGAAGACACAGGUUAUUGAGAAGUUCCUGAAGAAGGGUUCGGUUGGAGAUAAGUUCCAGGGGGAUCUUUACUUGACUGUGAAGCUGCUCCUGCCGGGCGUCGUAAAAAGCGUCUACAACCUCAAUGACAAGCAGAUUGUGAAACUCUUCAGCCGCAUAUUCAGAUGUAACCAGGACGACAUGGUGCGCGAUCUGGAGCAGGGUGACGUGUCUGAGACAGUGAGGAUGUUUUUCGAGGACAGUAAAUCAUUUCCUCCAGCCGCCAAGAGCCUUCUGACCAUCCAAGAAGUAGACGCAUCCCUGACCCGCCUCGCCCAGCUGACAAAGGAGGACGAGCAGCAGACAGAGCUGGAGGACAUCUCCAAAAAAUGCACCAGUAAUGACCUGAAAUGCAUCAUUCGUCUAAUUAAGCACGACUUGAAGAUGAAUGCCGGCGCAAAACACGUCUUGGAUGCUGUGGAUCCAAACGCUUAUGAAGCCUUCAAGGCCUCCCGUAACCUGGGUGAUGUGAUUGAAAGAGUUUUGAGGAAUCAGCAGGAGGCGUCCAAUGGUUCCGGACCCAGAAAACUCCUCACUGUGGAGGCCACGCUUAUGACCCCCGUCCAGCCCAUGUUGGCAGAGGCGUGUAAAUCAGUCGAGUACGCCAUGAAGAAGUGCCCCAACGGGAUGUACUCGGAGAUCAAGUACGAUGGAGAACGCGUGCAGGUCCACAAGAGCGGAGACAUCUUCAACUACUUCAGCCGCAGCCUCAAACCGGUGUUGCCACACAAAGUGGCACAUUUCAAGAACUACAUCCCUCAGGCUUUUCCUGGCGGCCACAGUAUGAUCCUGGAUGCUGAAGUCCUCCUAAUUGACACAAAGACCAGUAAACCCCUGCCCUUUGGGACCCUGGGGGUACACAAGAAAGCAGCCUUUCAAGAUGCCAACGUGUGCCUGUUUGUUUUCGACUGUAUCUACUUCAAUGGUGUGAGUCUCAUGGAGAGGCCUCUGAGUGAACGCAGGAAGUUCCUCCAUGACAACAUGGUUGAAGUCCCCAACAGGAUCCUGUUCUCAGAGAUGAAGCACGUCACUAGGGCAGGAGAUCUGGCUGAGAUGAUAACUCGUGUCAUCAGGGAGGGACUUGAAGGCCUCGUGCUAAAAGACAUAAAGGGCAGCUACGAGCCGGGAAAACGUCACUGGCUGAAAGUCAAGAAGGACUAUCUGAAUGAAGGAGCGAUGGCGGACACGGCUGACCUGGUGGUGCUGGGGGCAUUCUACGGGAAAGGAUCAAACGGGGGCAUCAUGUCCAGCUUCCUGAUGGGCUGCUACGACCCAGACUCCAAGAAAUGGUGCACAGUCACCAAGUGCUCCGGAGGCUACGAUGACGCCAUGUUGGCCAGGCUCCAGAAAGAGCUGGAUGUGAUCAAAAUCAGCAAGGAGCCCAGCAAGAUCCCCGGCUGGUUGAAAAUCAUCAAGAACUAUUAUCCAGAUUUCAUUAUCCGCGAUCCCGAGCAAGCACCCGUCUGGGAGAUCACGGGCGCCGAGUUCUCCAAGUCAGAAAUGCACACCGCUGAUGGCAUCUCCAUCCGCUUUCCCCGCAUGACGCGAAUCCGCGACGACAAGGACUGGAAGAGCGCCACCAACCUGCACCAGCUCAAAGAGCUGUACCGCAUAUCGAAGGAGAACUGCGACUUUAAAGUCACCGCCGGUCCGUCCAACGACGACAAGGGCUCUUCAGGGGGAGACAGCGGAGGAAACUCGCCGUCGUCCUCGUCCCACAGGAGUGCUCCAGCCAAGAAGACGAACAACAGCACCCCACCCAAAGCGAAGGCGGUGAAAUCCCAGCCGCGUACCCCCGCCUCAGAAGCUCCCAGUGCAAAGAAGGCGAAGAAGAGCGAUAGCAUUAACGGCAACGGACAAACCAAAACAAAAGCAACCUCUCAGGUGCUGCAGCCAAGAAACGACAAGACGCUGCUGGACAUCUUCAGCGGAGUGAAGCUCUUCCUGCCCGUCUCGGUGCAGGACUUUGACAAACUGAGGCGGUACUUUGUGGCGUACGACGGGGACCUCGUUCCGGACUACGACGCCGCCUCGGCCACGCACACGCUGGCCGAACCCGACGAGGACAGUCAGGCCCAGAGAGUUUCACCCAGCUGGAUCUGGGAAUGUAUCCGCAAGAGGCGCCUCGUACCUCCCUGCUAAUAAAAGACAGAAAGAAGGAAAACACGUUUCAUACUCUGAGUUUCCUAAUCAUGCCUAUCUGUGUUAAACUACACCGUUUUUCAUUGUCUGUUUCAUUUGGUUGAAUCACUGCGACACCAAACAGUGUCCAUAUUUUCAAUUUCCACGGCUCUCAGGUAAUUUUUAUUUAUCCCCAUUGAGUUUUUUUUGUUCUCCUCACAAACCAGCAGGAGCAGCAUACUUUCACUUUUGAACUUUUUAAUUUGUGGUGAUAGAAGCGUUGUGAAUACUGGUGUAGUCGGCCAAUCUACUGAUGGCAUUUUUGAUGAAAUGAGGUCUCUUCUGUAUUAGUAGAACUUUUGUAACAAAAUCUAGAAAAGUAGUUAAACCCAUUCAGUAAAUCAUGCAGUGCGUUUUACACAUAAAUCGUGGGAUGUACUUGGAAUCGGGUACUCAUCUGGAUCAAGAGAAGGGUUUUUAAUCAGCGCCGGGCACUACCUUUUACUGCCGGAGUGGAACAUUUUGUGACGUAUUAAACGUCAGCUGGUGAACUGAAAACACACUAAUCUGUCUGCCACUGGGAAUAAACAAAAUGCUGACGAAGAUAAUAAAAAUGUCUCACUAACA